CCUCCUCCUUUCUAUCCAUCUCGCUCUCCUCUUUCCGGCACAAAACCGAGGUAGUGGGCGACACCCGCGGCGGUACUCCUGCGCACCGAAGGAAUCAUGACUUCCGCCGAGCCGAGGCGGAGGCGCGACGUGAAAUCCCUAGACAGAGAAAAAAGCAUGUCCCCGCUCGACAAAGACCAGCUCAAGCGGAGGUGCCUCGAGAGGGUUCGCACCGAACGCAGCCGCCUCAUGGCACGAAUGCGAGGCCGGAAGGGCACGGAGGAAGAAGCACGGCAGCUCUUCGGCCAUGCUGGUGGGAAUUCCGGUUCCCCGCUCACGGCUGCAGCGGCGCAGGGAGAAAACCUGUCCUCUCCGGGGCACCACUCGCUGUCCUCCGCCAGGGAAAUCCUAAGGGAAGGCUUGAGCGAGCUGUCGGGCGGAAAUGGCGACACCAACAAGCGACGUCGCCAACAGCAUCACCCCACGAAUCACGAGCGAACAGCGCUAGGUUGCGAAGAAUUCGGAGCAAGUCUUACACGGUUAGAUAGCAACGGCGGAGGGAGACGGCUGCAGCAGCAGCAGCAGCAGCAGCAGAAGCAGCAGCAGAAGCAGCAUGCGGGGGGGAGCGAAUCGUUGUCAUUCCUCUCGGCGAUAGAGGAAGAGAACGCCAGCUACCUCAACGCCUGCGCGCGUGGGCAGGGGGGCUCUCUGCAACAGCGCGGGCCGCGGGAUGGCACCGCGGCUGAGCUGGCACCGAUGUCGAUAAGCUUCCGGGAACAAACCCAAGGGUUUGUGGAAGGGAACAACGAUGAAGAUGAUGCGCUUAUGGCCCAUGAUGACGGCCACGCACAACAACCUCGGCAGCCGCAGCAGCAGCAGCAGCAGCAGCAGCAGCAACCGGAGGCGAUGGUGGACGAGGACGAGCUCGGGUGGGGUGACGGCGGCGGGGCGGAGGACUGCUGCGACGAGGAGAAUCUGCUCUCGCCCGACGAGUACCUGGAGAUGAUGCAGUACAUUGAGGAGGCUUGCAAGGAGGAAGACCUCAGGGCCGAGGCGGCGGGAUGCCUGCACUUCGGACCAUGGCCAAGAGGUGGAUAA